AUGGACAUAGACGGCGAAUUUGAUUCUGGUGACAAUCGCAUCCACGACGACGAUGAUGACAAGGACGAGGUGGAGGAGGACAACGAGGAUACUGACGAAUCGACAAAGGAUUCUGUCAUUCUCGUGGAAAAUUCUUACAAGACUACGGAUACUGAAAACAAAGAAGACACCAACUACAUGGGCCUGAAUACGGAUGAGGUAGUUUCCGAACUGACUGGUGUUACUGGUGAAGACAAGGAUCCUGAAUUGGCAUCCCCGCCGAGGAAGAAGGGACGGUCCCACAGGGUUUUGGUGGUCGCUCCGUCUACAGAAAUGGAUGUGGACGGGAGCUCUUUGAGUGAACCCGGUGCUAAACGUACACAUUCAACGUCUGCUUCACAAUCAACCACACCAACCGCACAAAAAACGGACACCACUUCCACGAAGCAAAGCUCUAAGGCCAAACGCAGACUACAACGCAGCCUGACAUUGGAAGAACGCCUAGAUGGGCUGCGACAAGUCAACUUGGACGGCAUGGUCGGUCAGGCUAUCCUGGUUGAACUGGGAAUGGCUUACAGCUAUCAAGGUCAACAAGGGGGGAAUACGACCCAUGCCUCUAUUAUCUUGAACCAUAUUCUGGAUACGCUGGCAGACGUCCUAAAGAACGCGGAGGAGACGAUUCGCUUUUUUCCCUUGUCUGACAGCGCUUACAAGAAGUCUAAGCAGUGGAUCCGAGCGGAAGCGGAUCUUUGGCGGUUGAUUCCCGAUUACCGGAGCCUGUCCAAGUAUCUGGACAUGUCUUUCGGCAACAUGUCAUAUGCCUCGACUUCUAAUAAGCCAGGCGAAAAGAAGCUUUGUACAAGGAUGAGAGUGAGUUUUGAGGUCGAGGUGGCGGCAGGAACGAUCCGCCAAUACCUACACGGCGAAUUGCGUCCGCAAGGGUUUGGAGCGGGAUGCUAUGAAUCGGUUCUACAGUUUGGCGAUAUCGAAAAGAUUGGGGCGUUGUGCUUCUACCCACAGGAAAUUAACAUCAGGGCUAUGGAGAAAGAACUCAUGCGACACUUUGACUGGAAGACGGUUAUCGGCUUGCGGUACGAAUGGGUAAACAUUCCCUACAACGGCCGCAGGAAGUGGAAUGAACGAUCGCCUGGAUGCAUGAUGUGGCACGUUUAUGUCAGAUCGAGGGACGCUAAGCGAGCGGAUCGAGAACUACGCUUAUGGCUGCACCCGUCUACCCCUGAGAAAGAUUUUCCAUGGUGCGCGGUCACACACUACAUUAGUAGCGAUUGGAAGGCUGCUCAGAAUGGGACAAUCAGCGUUAAGGCCGUGGGUCCGGUGAAGGAUGAGAAUCUCACCAUGAUCUCGAAGCAUAACGACUUUGUGGAACUGACUCAGGCCAAAUAUUGCCCUGUUGAGAUUCCAGGGAUGUUGAAACAGGCAACAACCAAAGCCUUUGGUCCUCGCACUUGUUUGUCCAUGUUUCUUUCCAUCAAAGCCCAACCAGUUCACGCGGAGAAAGUGGCAGCUGCGGAUGUGAACUCGGACUCCGACUCUGACGACUCAUUGCUGGAGGACGUCUCCCACAAGUUCACCAAAGUGACUGUCAAAGGGAAGACGAAGAUCAAGAAGCAACCUCCAAAGUCGGCUGUGGCACGGACUUCGGAGCAUGACGGUCCGGUUCUCACUCCUGUGCAGCAGCGCCGUGCGAAGGAAGCAGAGAGGAAGAGAAAAAUGGACUUGGAGAACAACAUUCCUAGUCCGUUGUUCAUCAUGGUGCUACCAGGUGAGAUGGAAGGGACCUAUUUGUUCAUCAGUACGCUGAAAUAUGCCGCCUUGGCAACAAAUGUACUGAAUGGACUGGUUCCGUUCUUUACACAUCAUUUGGGGGAGUUGACGACUAAUCAAGCUAAUAGGGUAAUUGCAAAGUGGCUGUCCGUGUCUCUGAUCCAUACGACACGGCGCAAGGAACUUGUGUGGUGCUUGGAGACUUUACGGGCUCGACCAUCGGACCAAACCCUACAAGGCAUUGAUGAAGCCAUCGACUUCCUUGAUGGCUUUGGGUCUGACCCACUUGAUGUCGCCGAAGCUAAGUUGGAAUUCGAUAUGGAAAUGGCAGAUGCAAAAGAUAUCGAUGAUGGAGCUACAGUAGCAGGCGCCAUGGAUGAGUUACUUGAGAAGGAUAGCCAAUUGGAAGCGGCAAUCACUGAAAUUGAGUUAAGGAGAAUCUUUUGGUUGAGAAGAGCAGCGCUUUGGAAGCUGAACGACUUUGCCACGGUUUCCUUUCCCCAGGACAGGUCGGAGUCAGCAGCGGCCGAUUCUCUUGCGAAGGAGCCAACUUUGCCGGCUAGUCCAGCGCGAGCAGCCAAGUCAAGUCCGCUCACGGCACCCCUACCGAGCUCGCCACCUAGGGCUACUACGGCCAUCGCCAACCAACCUCCGCCCCGAGACACCACCACUGCUGCUUCUCGGAGGGAACUUGUGACUCCGGAUCACACAGCAAAGACGCUGUCGACCCCGGACCAUAGCAAUGCUUUGGACCCAGGUUCUGGCCCAGGGUCCUCUACUCCGUCUUUGGCCAGUUCUCGGGUCUCUGACAACGCCUCGGACGGUUCCCCGUCCCCGGAAGAAGAAGCCAGUGGCCAGCCGUGGAGCCUCCCGCUCCACGGCAGGGCCAUGAGAGGCCCCCGAUCGUCUGCCGCUCGGUCACGGCGUGCAGGCAGAAGAUCCCAACUAAGUGGCCCCUCGACUGAUGUCCCCCAUGCAUCAGUAGAGGAAUUUUUAAGUUCUCUUCCCGCCGGCGAUUUCUUUGGUGAUGAUCACCGAGGCCAUCGUUCUGCAUUGACUCGCCUGAUUUUCCAAAAUGUCAAUGGCCUACCGGCUUUGUCGACAGGGCGGAAACAGUUACAGAUUAAUCAGUGGCUGAAAGAUGAACAAGUGGGAAUUGCGUUGUUGGCAGAGACCAACACGCACUGGCCUUCUCUACCUGAAGGUCAUACCUGGAAUGAUAGGAUGCGGCAAAUCGGGCCCAAGGGGUACUAUUCGGCGACGGCAUACAAUGAGAAUCGCGCCCGGCCAAUUGCGUCUUGUUCUCAGUACGGCGGAUGCGUCGCAACUGUCUUGAAUGCAGUUGCACACCAAGCCAAGUCAAGUGGUAGGGACCCGUCUAAGCUGGGAAGGUGGGCGUACGUGCGCCUUCGAGGCAAGAAGUUUGAUAUGCCAUCCUCGGAUAACCAAGUCAAUGAGGCUACCGAUGCGUCACGUAGCCGGUUCUCUAAAGACUUGGUGGUCGUCUCCGCGUACAGGCCAAACCCCCCGGGUAAGGGCGAAUCUACGGUAUGGGCGCAACACCGCAGCUUCUUCCGCUCUCAAGGCAGACAGCGUGAUCCAAGGGAGGCGUUUAUGGUGGACCUUUUACGUGCGAUCACCCAAUGGCGCGACGAACGGUGCAAAGUGAUCGUGGGCGUGGACGCUAAUGAGGAUGUCUCCUCAUACCAGGAUUCCUCUUUUCGCCAGCGACUUUGUGGCAUAGGAUUGGAGGAAGCAAUCCUACAACGACAUCCAAGUCGAACAGCGGCAACCCAGCAUCGCAACAAACGUGGCAGACCCAUUGAUGGUAUUUUUGCAACUUCCGGAGUGGUGAUUAAAGCAGGUGGUUACUACAACUUUGAUGAAUUUUUCUCCUGUGAUCAUCGCGGUCUGUGGAUCGAUAUUGAUUUGGAACGGUCCCUUGGCAGCUAUCGUCCGGAGAAGACACCAUAUAAGCCUCGCAAAUUAACGAUGCUUGAUACUGCGGCCGUUAGACGCUAUCUCCGGUUGGUUCACCAAGGCUAUGACGUGUACUCCAUUCCAUCGCGGUUGGAGCAGCUUCAUAGACAAUUAACAUUAAACAGUGGGAUUAUGACCGAGAAAAUGGGACGCCAGUAUAACUGCUUGCACAAGCAGGGAUAUCCCGCAGUUUUCUGUGAAGCCAGCUUUCUCUUUUUUUUGGAGAGUCGAUGUGGUCAUUUUCACCCUCUUCUGCACGAAACUUCAAAAAUCGACUUUCACUUAUUGCCUGCCAGAAAGAAACUUCUACGACAAGGAAUUUUAUAA